UUUCGAUUGACGAUUUAUGUGCAUCAGUGGGGCUAUGUGGUACUAGUGGUUAGUACUUUUGCCUUACAACAAGAGGGUCAACGGUUCAGUCUCCAACACUUGAAAACCACGUCUGUAGAUUUGAGUAUGUUGUUUUGCUGUACAAAAAGCCAAAGUAAAUGCAGUAAAGUUUCUUCCUGAUAAUGAGCUCACCGCUGUGUUAGAGGGUGGAAUUAAACCAGGGUUAAUGAUGGAAAAACAUUUUUAUUCAUUUUCCUGCUUGACGUUACUCAUGUUCUGGUUGGAGUUCCUCUCUGUGUCCAUACUUGGUUCUAGACCGGACCAGUGACAUGACCUCUGGUGCUUUUAUCUCAUAAAUGUCUACAGUUACACAGUGACACUGUUGUUGUGGUGAAUUCAAGGUGAAAUCAUACCUAUUUCUGUGCGUGACCACAGCGAGUGACACGCUGUUAUUCACAGGAUUGAUCCAGCUCCCGCUCUCGUUCGCAGGUGGCCACAUUACUCUGCUAACCCCCAGGAAAGAUGUCGCAUCGAAGUGGACAAGAGGACCCAGAGCGUUACCUGUUCGUAGACCGGGCCGUCGUGUACAACCCGGCCACGCAGGCCGACUGGACGGCCAAGAAGCUGGUGUGGGUUCCAUCGGAGCGCCAUGGCUUCGAGGGGGCCAGCAUCCGGGAGGAGCGCGGCGAGGAGGUGCUGGUGGAGCUGGCCGAGAACGGCAAGAAGGUGGUCAUCAACAAGGACGACAUCCAGAAGAUGAACCCGCCCAAGUUCAGCAAGGUGGAGGACAUGGCGGAGCUCACCUGUCUGAACGAGGCGUCCGUGCUGCACAACCUGAAGGACCGCUACUACUCUGGGCUCAUUUACACGUACUCCGGCCUCUUCUGUGUGGUCAUCAACCCCUACAAGAACCUGCCCAUCUACUCGGAGAACAUCAUCGAGAUGUACAGAGGGAAGAAGAGACACGAGAUGCCUCCACACAUCUACGCCAUCUCCGAGUCUGCGUACCGCUGCAUGCUCCAAGAUCGCGAGGACCAAUCCAUCCUCUGCACAGGCGAAUCAGGAGCUGGAAAGACGGAGAACACCAAGAAGGUCAUCCAGUACCUGGCCCACGUCGCCUCGUCACACAAAGGACGCAAAGACCACAACAUUCCCGGUGAGCUGGAACGCCAGCUUCUCCAAGCCAAUCCCAUCCUGGAAUCUUUUGGCAACGCAAAGACGGUGAAAAAUGACAACUCGUCACGAUUUGGAAAGUUCAUCAGAAUCAACUUCGACGUCACAGGCUACAUCGUUGGCGCCAACAUCGAGACUUACCUCCUGGAGAAGUCGAGGGCCAUCAGACAGGCCAAGGACGAGAGGACCUUCCACAUCUUCUACCGCCUGCUGGCCGGAGCAGGAGAACAUCUACGGACCGACCUGCUCCUCGAAGGCUUCAACAACUACCGGUUCCUGUCCAACGGUAACAUCCCCAUCCCCGGUCAGCAGGAUAAGGAGAACUUCCAGGAGACCAUGGAAGCCAUGCACAUCAUGAGCUUCACCCACGACGAGAUUGUCUGCAUGUUGAAGGUGGUGUCUGCGGUGCUGCAGUUCGGGAAUAUUCUCUUCAAGAAGGAGAGGAACACGGACCAGGCCUCCAUGCCUGAGAACACAGCUGCACAGAAACUCUGCCACCUGCUGGGAAUGAAUGUGAUGGAGUUCACCAGAGCCAUCCUCACCCCCAGGAUCAAGGUGGGGCGGGACUACGUUCAGAAGGCACAGACCAAAGAACAGGCGGACUUUGCUGUCGAAGCUCUGGCCAAGGCCACGUAUGAGCGUCUCUUCAGAUGGCUGGUCCACCGCAUCAACAAGGCCCUGGACAGGACCAAGCGCCAGGGGGCGUCGUUCAUCGGGAUCCUGGACAUUGCUGGUUUUGAGAUCUUCGAGCUGAACUCAUUCGAGCAGCUCUGCAUCAACUACACCAACGAGAAGCUGCAGCAGCUCUUCAACCACACCAUGUUCAUCCUGGAGCAGGAGGAGUACCAGAGGGAGGGCAUCGAGUGGAGCUUCAUCGACUUCGGACUGGACCUGCAGCCCUGCAUCGACCUCAUCGAGAGGCCGAACAAUCCUCCUGGUAUUCUGGCUCUGCUGGACGAGGAGUGCUGGUUCCCCAAGGCCACAGACAAGACCUUUGUGGACAAGGUUCUGCAGGAGCAGGGAACACACACCAAGUUCCAGAAGCCACGUCAGCUCAAGGACAAAGCUGACUUCUGCAUCAUUCACUAUGCAGGGAAGGUGGACUAUAAAGCCGACGAGUGGCUCAUGAAGAACAUGGACCCGCUGAACGACAACGUGGCCACACUGCUGCACCAGUCCACCGACAAGUUUGUGGCCGAGCUCUGGAAAGACGUCGACCGGAUCGUGGGUCUGGAUCAGGUCGCGGGCAUGAACGAGACGGCCUUCGGCGCCGCCUACAAGACCAAGAAGGGCAUGUUUCGCACGGUGGGUCAGCUGUACAAGGAGCAGCUGUCUAAACUGAUGGCCACGCUGAGGAACACGAACCCCAACUUUGUCCGCUGCAUCAUCCCCAACCACGAGAAACGAGCCGGUAAACUGGAUCCACACCUGGUCCUGGACCAGCUCCGAUGUAACGGCGUUCUGGAAGGGAUCCGUAUCUGCAGACAGGGCUUCCCAAACCGCAUCAUCUUCCAGGAGUUCAGGCAGAGGUAUGAGAUCCUGACUCCGAACGCCAUUCCCAAAGGCUUUAUGGAUGGAAAACAGGCCUGUGAAAGAAUGAUUAAGGCUCUGGAGUUGGAUGGAAACCUGUUCCGUAUCGGCCAGAGUAAGAUCUUCUUCCGGGCCGGGGUCCUGGCUCACCUGGAGGAGGAGCGCGACCUGAAGAUCACCGACAUCAUCAUCUACUUCCAGGCCGUGUGCAGAGGUUACCUGGCACGAAAGGCCUUUGCUAAGAAGCAGCAGCAGCUCAGCGCCCUGAAGGUUCUCCAGAGGAACUGCGCCGCAUAUUUGAAGCUGCGUCACUGGCAGUGGUGGAGACUCUUCACCAAGGUGAAGCCGCUGCUGCAGGUGACCCGGCAGGAGGAGGAGAUGCAGGCCAAGGACGAGGAGCUGGUCAAGGUGAAGGAGAAGCAGAGCAAGGUGGAAGGAGAGCUGGUGGAGAUGGAGAGGAAACACCAGCAGUUGAUGGAGGAGAAGAACAUUCUAGCAGAGCAGCUGCAGGCAGAGACAGAGCUGUUCGCAGAGGCGGAGGAGAUGAGAGCUCGCCUGGCCUCCAAGAAGCAGGAGCUGGAGGAGAUCCUUCAUGACCUAGAGUCCAGGCUGGAGGAGGAGGAGGAGAGAACCCAAGGCCUGCAGAACGACAAGAAGAAGAUGCAGACUCACAUCCAGGACUUGGAGGAACAGUUGGAUGAAGAGGAAGCUGCCAGACAGAAGCUGCAGCUGGAGAAGGUGACAGCUGAGGCCAAGAUGAAGAAGUACGAGGAGGACAUUUUACUGCUGGAGGAUCAGAACUCCAAAUUCCUCAAGGAGAAGAAGCUGAUGGAGGAUCGAAUCGGUGAGUUGAACACAGAGCUGGCCGAGGAGGAGGAGAAGGCCAAGAACCUGGGCAAGCUGAAGAACAAGCAGGAGAUGAUGAUAGUUGACCUGGAAGAGAGACUGAAGAAGGAGGAGAAGACUCGUCAGGAACUGGAGAAAUCCAAGAGGAAACUGGACGGAGAAACGUCCGACCUUCAAGACCAGAUCUCUGAGCAGCAGGCCAACCUGGAGGAGAUGAAACUUCAACUGAACAAGAAGGAAGAGGAGCAGCAGGUGAUGCAGGCCAGGGGUGAGGACGAGGUGAGCCAGAAGAACAACGCCCUGAAGCAGGUGAGGGAGCUGCAGGCUCAGCUGUCGGAGCUGCAGGAAGACCUGGAGACGGAGAAACAAUCCCGGAACAAGGCCGAGAAACUCAAGAGGGAUCUGAGCGAGGAGCUGGAGGCUCUGAAAACUGAACUGGAAGAUACUCUGGACACCACGGCCGCCCAGCAGGAGCUCAGGACCAAGCGAGAGCAGGAGGUGGCAGAGCUGAAGAAGGCCAUCGAGGAGGAGGGUAAAAACCAUGAAGGUCAGAUCCAGGACAUGCGACAGAGACAUGCGACGGUCCUGGAAGAACUGUCUGAGCAGCUGGAGCAGGCCAAGAGGUUUAAAGCAAAUCUGGAAAAGACCAAACAGAGCCAGGAGACCGCAAAUAAGGAGCUGGCCAACGAGGUGAAGAGUCUCCAACAGGCGAAGACGGAAUCGGAACACAAGAGGAAGAAGCUGGAGGCUCAGCUGCAGGAGUUCACGGCCAGAGUGGCCGAAGGAGAGCGGGCCAAAGGAGAGCUGUCCGAACGCACACACAAACUGCAGACAGAAUUAGACAACGUGUCAGCUUUGCUGGAAGACGCCGAGAGGAAGGGAAUCAAGAGUACCAAAGACGUGGCCGGACUGGAGAGUCAGCUCCAGGACACGCAGGAGCUGCUCCAAGAGGAAACCCGUCAGAAACUGAACCUGAGCAGUCGCAUACGGCAGCUGGAGGAGGAGAAGAACACUCUGCAGGAGCAGCAGGAGGAAGACGAGGAGGCCCGCAAGAACCUGGAGAAGCAGAUGUUGUCACUUCAGGCUCAGCUCUCAGAGAGCAAGAAGAAGCUGGAGGACGAGGUGGGGACGAUCGAGGGCCUGGAGGAGGCCAAGAAGAAGCUGCACAAGGACCUGGAGCUGUCCAACCAACGUCUGGAGGAGAAGACCAUAGCUUUUGAGAAGAUGGAAAAGACAAAGACUCGACUGCAGCAGGAGCUCGAUGACCUCAGCGUGGACCUGGACCAUCAGAGACAGAUCGUGUCCAACCUGGAGAAGAAGCAGAAGAAGUUUGACCAAAUGCUGGCUGAAGAAAAGAACAUCUCAGCUCGCUACGCUGAGGAACGUGACCGAGCCGAAGCGGAGGCCAGAGAAAAGGACACCAAGGCUCUGUCCAUGGCCAGAGCUCUGGACGAGGCGCUGGAGGCCAAGGAGGAGCUGGAGAGAGCUAACAAGCAGCUCCGCGCCGAGAUGGAAGAUCUGAUGAGCUCGAAGGACGACGUGGGCAAGAACGUCCACGAGCUGGAGAAGUCCAAGCGUACUCUGGAGCAGCAGCUGGAAGAGAUGAAGACUCAGCUGGAGGAGCUGGAGGACGAGCUGCAGGCCACAGAGGACGCCAAGCUGCGUCUGGAGGUCAACAUGCAGGCCAUGAAGGCCCAGUAUGAGAGGGACCUUCAGGGUCGAGACGACCAGAACGACGAGAAGAAGCGAGCGCUGGUCAAACAGGUGCGAGAGUUGGAGGCAGAGUUGGAGGACGAGAGGAAGCAGAGAGGACUGGCUGUGGCCGCGAAGAAGAAGCUGGAGAUGGAUCUGAAGGACGUCGAAGGUCACAUCGAAGGAGCCAACAAGGCUCGGGACGAGGCCAUCAAACAGCUGCGCAAGUUACAGGCCCAGAUGAAGGACUACCAGAGGGAACUGGAAGACGCUCGCGCCUCCAGAGACGAUAUCUUCGCCAUUUCCAAGGAAAAUGAGAAGAAACUGAAGAGUCUGGAGGCUGAGAUUAUGCAGCUCCACGAGGACAUGGCUGCAUCUGAGAGAGGACGACGUCACGCAGAGCAGGAGCGGGACGAACUGCAAGACGAGAUUUCCAACAGCACAUCUGGAAAAGCUGCUUUGAUGGACGAGAAGAGGAGGCUGGAGGCUCGGAUCGCUCAGCUGGAGGAAGAGCUGGAGGAGGAGCAGGGCAACAUGGAGCUGCUCAACGACCGCUUCAGGAAGUCCUCCAUGCAGGUGGACUCCCUCACCACGGAGCUCAAUGCAGAGCGCAGCUCGGCGCAGAAGAGCGAAAACGCUCGGCAGCAACUAGAACGUCAAAACAAGGAGCUGCGGGCCAAACUGGGAGAACUGGAGGGUUCUGUGAAGAACAGGUUCAAGGCCACCAUCACUGCCCUGGAGGCCAAGAUAGCCCAGCUGGAGGAGCAGAUGGAGCAGGAGGCCAAGGAGCGCGCGGCUGCCAACAAGAUCGUGAGGCGAACGGAGAAGAAGCUGAAGGAGGUCUGCAUGCAGGUGGAGGAUGAGAGACGUCACGCCGAUCAGUUCAAAGAACAGGUGGAAAAGUCAAACUCUCGUAUGAAGCAGCUGAAGCGUCAGCUGGAGGAGGCGGAGGAGGAGGCCACACGGUCCAACGCCUCCCGCAGGAAACUGCAGCGGGAGCUGGAUGAUGCCACUGAAGCCAGCGAAGGCCUGAGCCGUGAAGUUCACACUCUGAAAAACCGCCUCAGACGUGGAGGCCCCAUCAGCUUCUCCUCCAGCCGCUCAGGCCGCCGUCAGCUGCAGGUGGAGGGAACCUCCCUGGAGCUGCUGUCUGACGACGAGCUGGAGAACAAGACGACUGACAACAAUGCCAACGAGACACCGGCGCCCCCUUCAGAAUAGAUAGAACUUUGGCUUUUCUGUUCACGCAUUGCUCCUUUCUCAUCACACAAAUACACACAUGACCCCCCCGACUGGACAGACAUGUUCUCCCCCAAAAACACACAGCAUGAUCUAAGCAAGAACCCUCACCCGAUCCACCCUCAGCAAACACCAGCAGCAGGAGCCCACCACCUCAUUAGGUUGACCCCAAACACCACUUCACUUCUGCGGAGCUGAUCUGAGCAGCAUCUUCCAGUUAAAGCAGCUUUUUAAUAAAAGUCCGAUGCAUUUGUUCACGUGUUAGAUUUCAGCCAAUCACCCGUCUUCUCCUGAGACUCAGUCCACGCCCACGCACGUGUGAAUGAUGUGCAAUGGCUGAGCAGGAUCAGACGGGGGUUUGGAAGUGACCCCUCCGACCUUUAGCUUUGAGCCCCUUCCCACCUCCCAACCCACCACCCCAGUCCUACAGUUGGACUGUUUGCUCGCCUUUAGAAACAUCGUGACUGUGCGCUGCCGUGUGGCCUCACCUCUCCACGCCCGUCCUUUUUCUUUUUCCGUGGACCAGAGUUGGUUCCUCAGAUGUUUGACAGUAGGUCAGUGUUGACUUGUAACCGAGUGAUUAGAAGCGACAGACACGUUGCCGUUAUGCUCUUUAUUUUUUUGUUACUAUUUGCCCCCUCCUUUUCUCUGUGCCUUCUUCACAGCUGAACUCUGUAACCAUGUAUGCCACAUAUACUGUUCCUAUAUUAAACCAUGUAUAAUGUCAUGAAGGUAUUUUCAUAAAAUAUUCAUAAAUUUGCA